CAGGUGAAAACGACAUAGAGGGCGCCGAAUCUCUCGCUCGCAACCGCAGCGAAGACACCGACAUACUGUCCCGCCUACUCUGCGCGGUUCACGGGAGGGGUGAGGAGGCGCGCGGGGAGGCGGGCGGGGCGCGGGGGGAGGCGGCGUUGAACACGCACAAGCACACGGACAUGUUGCUGUUGAACCUGAUGCGGAUGAACGGGCUGACGCCUAAGCAGCCGAGUAAAGUGCCAAAACGCAACUGGGCAUCAAGCAUAAGCGACACGCACGACCGGCGACUCAGCCCGCGGCUGACGCCGCCAGACUCUGGCUACUGCAGCCAGGGCCAGGGCUGCAGCCUGGCCAGCCCGGGCCAGACUCUGGCUAGCCCUAGCCCAGCUCUGGCCAGCCCAAGCCAAGCUCUGGCGUUGCCGCAGCGCGCGCGGCCAAGGGGAAGGAAUAGCAGAGUGCCGGCGCCGCACUCGCCCGGACAAGUUAAUAGGAGUAGGAAUGAUGCGCGGGCGUUGCAAGCAUUCGGAGUAACGCCCCCCGGCACGCCGGAGCGCGCGCCGCCGUCGCCCGGAGCCCCUUUACAUGACUACUGGCCGUCCGUCUCCUCUAUCAGUGAUAAUGACGACACCAUGCUGGAUUAUAAUGACACCCUCUUCGACAUGCUGCUCAACAGCCUGUCCAUAGACGGGGGGCGGGAGGAGCCCCCCCGCGCCGCCACCCCCCCCGGCCAGCCCUGGAGCCCCGCGCCCAAGGAGCCCCAGGACUGACUGAGGCGCCACUACCGGAGAGAGUAUUAUCAUUAGAGUGGGGCUAGUUAUGCAAUCAGAGGGCCUGGUGUAGGGUUUCCUUGACCGAUCGAGCAGUGAAAGUUUAAGUGAAGUUUGUAUGGCGCAGAGCUAGUGAAGCGCGUGCGCCAUACAAAUUUGAGUUUACUCAACUCUACUCGAACGGUGUAAAAACUCGCACUACGCGUGCAGCACCUAGGAUGGGUGCGUGAUAAAAGUCUUGACAUGGCUAUGAACUUUUAUGACAAUGAUUGUUCGUGCAUGCGUUGCGUUGGCUCUUGUAAGCACCUAUUGUGUACAUAGGUUGGCGUUAUAAGGUACGAUUGGUUGUUGUGUUAAAUUGUCGCGAGAAAUGACGAGUUUGAGAUAGGGUAGUGCAAAUUUGUUUCAGAGUAUUGGAAUGUGUAGAAAUACAAAUAAAUGUGAGCACGCACUUAAUCGCACAAAUAUGUGUAGCGGUUUGCUGUAAAAGCAAUAUAUGAAUUAAAUUGACUUGACAUACCAAGAAAUUAUUAACAAAGCUAAUUCUACCAAAGCAAUUCAAGGAUUCAAACUUGCCGAUCGAAGAUUCAAGAUCGGAUUGUGAUUGAAUCCUUAUGUAACAUGCAACUAAUAAUUAAUUUUAUCAUGUUAGCAGUGUUAACGGUAACGGUAGUCCUUAUGGACCACAACUAGUGGCCCAAGACCUCCUAAAUAUGAAGGAAAAGUGUUGAAUUCAUUCUGUGAAUACAAUAAAUUCUCGACGAUUACAAAUUCCUGGAGUUUAUUGAUAGUAUUUCCGAUUGUCAUACAAUACUAAUAGUAUUAGGUAUAUAUGGACACUAACAUUUUACUUUUAACUAUGUACAACACACAUAAAAAGAAAAAAAAAAACUAUCAAUAGACGGCAUGGGUCUUUUGCUAAUCGAUGGAAGAUGAAGAUCUCCAGUAUUUCUAAUUAUGAUAUUAGUAGAAAUAUAAAUAUAACUAUAAACAAAUUAAUAUAAAAGGGUAACACUAUGUCAGUAGUAAAACUACUUCUCUGCGUUUGCAUUUAUUUUAUGUAUUAAUAAUUAUAUUCAUAUUCAAUAUUAUUUUAAAACCCAUACUUACAGCCAUUUUGUAUCUCAUGUAUGAUUGUAUAAUCUAUGCUUUAUAUGAAAAGAUAAAGAAAGUAUAUGAAAAUUUCGCCCUUAACAAACUAAGAAUAUAAGGGGAGAUAGCUAGCGUCCGACCACCAUUUUCACAUUGUUUAUAUAUUGCAAUUAAAAUAGUAACAUAAGUUUGCAUUUGACGUAACUUGCUUUUCAAUUUCACAUUUAUCUUAUUAAUAAAGAUGCCAUCAUGCAGGCCCGUAUAUUUUGGGAAUGGAAGUUGAAUAGACACUAUUUAGUAGAUAUAUUAGUGCAAAGUAAUGUAUUAAUAAUAAAGUAGGUAUUAUUAUAAUCGUAGACCUUGUAACCGUAUUAUGAAACAAUUGUAAACGAACUAAAAGAUAAUCAGUCACAAAAGUCAAUUCUCUCUAAUUUGGUUUCUUGAAAACCCAUGUAACUUACACAUAAUAUUAUGUAUUACCUGAAUUUGUUUAUAUUUACGACUGAAAAGUGCAAAGCGUGUGAUUGAGUCUAGAAAAUUUUAGUUUAAUGAGAACUGAAUAAUAUAAGUCUUCAAAUUAAAUAAUACUCGUGUUAGCUUAGGUAGGACACUUUUAAAAUUGUUAACAAAACUAUGCUCAAGAAUAACCUUAUUACUUUUUUUCAUUUUCAUUCAUUAUGUAGCGGACCUUGGAGUAUCAAUGUGAUGUUUAAUUUGUUUAGGUCACAUUCUACAGAUAAAACUAAAAUAAGUUGGACUAUGGUUUUAGCCAGCAGGAUUUAUCUGGUCUUUGAAGUGGUGCAAAAUGCCGCUUUUGUGUGGUUAUUGUUAGAAGCACGAUAGGUUAUUUUGUAUGUGAUCUUUGCAAGAAUAUUAUUCAAAUUUGUUUAUAAAAAAAUCAAAGAAUUGCGUAGGAUUUCUAACGUUUCAAUCUUUGUAUUGGUAUAUAUUUUUUGAAAAUUCUUUGUUAAAUUUAUCUUGAUUCAAUGUAAAAUAAUAUUAUGUAAUAAAUGCAAAUUACCGAGUA